AUGGGUGUCCAGUGCGGCUCAGGUUGUCCUAACGCAGGCUGGUAUGCCGUCCUCUGUGUCCAUAUCGACUGGCUGCUAUGGACAGGACUCCUCAAAGGUCUAGGGGUGAUGCUGCCAACGCUUCAAGAGCAAUUCAAGGCCGACACGUGGAUGAUUGGUGGAUUGAUAGCGACUAUUACUGCCGUUGGCAGUGUAGCAGGUCUGUUAUCAAGGCCAUUGGAUGUAUUGUUUGGUACCAGCAUCGUGGUGACAGUCUGCGGAUUCCUCUUAGGGGCGUCUGUUAUCGUGUCCUCCUUCUUGACUGGCACGCUACAGAUGACACUUGUCCUGUGCGUAGUCGCUGGGCCUGGUUUGGUGAUCCCCAAUAUUUUAUCGAGAGCCAUGACGGGUCGUUAUUUCACCACGAACUAUGCAACAGUGAAUGGGAUUGCGACCGCAGGAGACGCAGUGGGCUUGAUCUUUGCUCCGUUCACUCAAGUGCUUUUAGAUACUUACGGCUGGCGAGGUGCCAUGCUACUGCUUGGGGCUAUCAGCAUGCAUCUUGGUGUAUGUGGCCUCCUGCUAAGACCACCACCGCCAUCAGCAGAGGGGCGGGACGACUACCUACCAAUCAUCUCAAGUGCGAAGGGGCCAUCGUUAGACGAUCAAGAAAGCGCUGCUGCUGAGAAGAAAUCCCUACUCCGCAUCCUUAAGGACGCUGUGCAGGCUCGUGGUAAUCUUUUCGGCGGCGCAGUUUUCAGACGCGCUGCAUUCUGGAUAGCAGCCCUUGUUUACGUGGGACAUGUCUUCGCGGGCACCCUUUGGCUGAUAUACUUCAUCGCUUAUGCCAAAUCGAAAGGUUUCUCUGGGUACGAGGCCGUGACGUUCACCACAGCCGCGGGGAUAGGGAAUCUGGUUAUUAGGAUUCUAUUGGGGUUAAUGGUGGACCAAGGCUGGCUGAAGCUACGAUUGGCUGUGCUAAUUUCAAUCACAAUUUGCGGUUUGGCUCUAUUGACGCUUCCCUGGGCGAACUCCUUCUGGUUGAUGAUUGGCAACGCCGUCAUCUAUGAUGGCUUCUUUGGGGCAAAGGCAUCACUUGUUGACAUUUACACCCGGGAACUGCUUGGAGCCGAAGAACUGGUGUCCGCUUUCAGCUGGAUGGACUUACUGACUGCUAUUAUUCAAAUCACUUUCGGAUUCUUCCCUGGUUGGAUAUUCGAUCAGACUGGAAGCUACCACAUGGCAUUCAUCAUCUUGGGAUUAAUCUCGUUUCUGCCGUUGGUGUCGCUGCUCGUGGAAAUUGUAAUCAACAAAGGGAAAGGUUAAUGUUGACGGUGAAUAAUCUCGUUGUCCUCAACAUUAGUAAAGGCUAUUACAUUAACAUCGGUGUCACGCAAUUCAUUAUUACAAAUCCUAAAUUACUAUUGUGACAAACAUUAUAAAAGUCCGAGAUAAUCAUCCCUUUGAGUUAGAAUUAUGUCGGGUAAAAAACUGUAGAAUAAGGGCUUCGCUCUGAGGAAUGUCAACCGAAUCACUUUUGCUACCGAGAAAAAUGCAGGUCAGGCAGAUAUGCUUGAGGCAAAAUUAAUCCCAGGAAAUAAUAAAGCUGAUAUUAAAAAAAACCUCUACUCAAAAGGGGUGGCUACACAAAUGCGAAAAAGUGAGUUGGUCGGGAGCGUAGAUGCAACUGAAUUCGAAACACACCGCGCCCUUCUACGUGAGUAGUUGGGUGGGGGGCAGUUGAGCACAAUUUGACCUUUGUGCAGUUGGGCACAGUUUGACGUUUGGUAUAAAAUAGCAAAAGGUCACAUGAAUUGACAUAAGCAUAAAAACUAUAAUCAUAAUGAUAUUAAUAGGGAUAAGUUGUAGGUGUGAAAAAUUAUGGCACAAGAUGACCUCUAGUGACAGGAAUAACAUAGGGUCAGAAAGUCUAGUGUGACCUUUUGUAUGGGAUGAACAUAAAUAUGGAAUAGCAUAGGAUCAAAAAUGAUGGUACACGUUGACCUGUCCUCUGAAAUUAUGGCACAACAGGAUGAAAUAGGAUGAUGACCAAUAGACGAUGAGUCAUAUGCUGCGUUAUGUCAUGACAGGGAGAUCCUGAAUGAAAUUAGGGGCAAGGAAGCGAUAAUCCCUGUAGACCAUGGGCCAGAAAUCAAAGCUUCACUGGAACUAGAGGUAGGUUCUCACUUUCGAGUAGCAACAUGGAAUCAUGUGCUCUAGGUCGAUGUGAAGGUGCUGAAUUCAAAUCUGCCUGUUGCCAGGUCGUCAGACUGCUCCGAAGGUCACCACAAGAGGGCGCUUAUCCCAUUUUUGCUCAUUUUUUAUGAAAACAGUAUUUUGAGCACAGUUUUCCCAUUUGUUCAUUAAAUGCUUUUUAAUUUGGCACAGGUACUAUUUAUAACAUUUCAUGCAGGGGGGGAAGGAAAACUGGGGCUUUCUUGCGCAGCCCAACUGGCCACCAUCUUGUUUUCAUGUAGAUGGCAAAGGAAAAACGAGACCCCAUUUACAGGUAUUGUGAAAAACCUUUCUGUUAAUAAAACAAUGGAGGAAUGCUAGAAUCUCUUAAAUAUGGUUAACCACUUUUAUUGAAUCUUUACAGGGCACUUUUAAGUUUUUAAUGCUUUAAUGUUGACGCUAUGUACGUGUGUUGAUUGUUGACCCGUAAUGACACUAAAUAGCCUACAUGUAGCAUAACUGCUUUGAUAAGCCCUCAGAAUACUAAACAUCACAGAUAUAAUCAGAGUCUGAGCCUUUGGCAACUUCAAUCAAAUGUUUCACAUCAUUUUCUGCUUUGGCUGAUUCAGGGUUGACAAUUUUCGGUUUAAAAAACAAUUACAAUCUGUUUUUUUGAAAUUUAAGUCGUUUUUAUGUCUGUAAAUAAAUAUGCAGUCAAAUUGGCAUAAUAGCAUGUAUCUGUUUUCAACGCAAGUAAUUUUUGGCACGUGUUAAGAGGCAAUCUGGUAUGGUUUUUGAUGCAUCUCCCUCGUGAUAGAGUAAUAACUAACGCUUGAUUAAAAUUCACUCGAUUAAGAAACUUUUGUUACUGGUUUCACAGCAUAGUAACCAACACUUCUUAUGUCAUUGAAAUUCACGUGUACUUGUUGAAAUGAAAGGUACAAUACGGUAGAUGUACACUGAUGCCUUUAUACAUCUUAAACUCAGAAGUGGACACUUUAAAUACUGGUAGUGAAAUUAAUUUAAAUCAUAUAAAUAAACCCGUCACUUGAAUCCAUGCACUGAAUCCAGUUUAAGCAGAA